UUGUGUCUCAACUCUACACUGAACGGAGUAUUGGGAGCCUUGCAAAAAAAAACUUUUGCAUUUCUUUUAAUGUUUUGCUGAGACGCACGAGUUAUGUUUUCUUGGAGCCGCUCUGUGGACGCCAAAUAUGGAGUGGCGGUGUGGAAUUUUAUUCCAACUCACGAGUGUCAUGUCCCCCUACAAAUUGGAGACACAGUCCACAUCCUUCAAGUGUUCGAAGGCUGGUACAGAGGAUACUCUCUGAAAAACAGAUCUGUGAAGGGAAUAUUUCCUGCCUCUAUCAUUCACGUCAAAAAUGCAGCCAUUGAAAUCAGAGGUCAACAAGAGAACAUCGUUUCCACGGAGAUGCCCCUGGUGCAAGAGAUUACGACCACCUUGAGGGAGUGGUCGAACAUCUGGAAACAGCUGUAUAUCACUGCUCAGCUGAACAAGUUUCGACAGGUUACCUCGAUGAUGUGCAACUUGAUAGAAAAGAGAUCUCAGCUUCUCUCAGGAACGUUGCCACAAGACGAACUGAAAGACUUGAAACAGGAGGUCACCACCAAGAUAGACGUUGGGAACAAAAUGCUGGAACUAGAUCUCGUUGUUCGAGACGAGAACGGCAACAUUCUUGAUCCCGACCACACAAGUGUCAUCAGCCUCUUUCAAGCACACAAGGAGGCAGCACAGCACAUCACAGAGAGGAUCCGGGAGGAGACGUUUCAGAACCAGAACGAGUGCAGCAGAUUUGCCCGGUUGUCUUCGUCGCCCACACACACCCUUUUCAUCUGGGUUCGCAACUUUGUCUGUAAAAUCGGGGAAGAGGCCGAACUCUUCAUGUCGCUUUAUGACCCCAAUGAGCAGAGGAUAAUCAGUGAGAACUACCUAUUCCGCUGGGCAAGCACGGGUUUACCAAAGGAAAUCGAGAUGCUCAAUAAUUUGAAGGUGGUGUUCACGGAUUUAGGAAACAAAGACUUAAAUCGGGAGAGGAUUUACUUAGUGUGCCAGAUUGUACGGGUGGGUCGAAUGGACCUGAAGGAAACAAAUGCAAAGAAAAUGACCCAGGGAUUGAGGAGACCAUUUGGAGUGUCAGCGAUGGACAUUACUGACAUUUUGAAAGGCAAAGCAGAAAGUGAUGAGGACAAACACCAUUUUAUUCCCUUCCAACAAGUUACGGCUGAGAACGAUUUCCUCCACACUCUAAUCCAUAAGGUUGUAGCUGCCAAAGACAUCAACCACAAAGGACAAGGUCUCUGGGUUUCUAUGAAGUUAAUGUCUGGAGAUCUGAAACAAAUUCGCAAGGACCAUCCUCAUUUGGUGGACAGAAACACGGUGGUUGCGAGGAAAAUGGGGUUUCCUGAGAUCAUCAUGCCAGGUGAUGUCCGCAACGAUAUUUAUGUCACCCUGGUUCAAGGAGAGUUUGAUAAACAGAACAAGACCACCCAGAAGAAUGUUGAGGUCACGAUGUGUGUCUGUGAUGAAACUGGAGAGGUAAUCCCGAAUGCGAUAUGCCAGGGGGCUGGAGAUAAGCCUGUCACUCACUACCAGUCUGUGGUGUACUACCAGAUGAAGCAACAGCGCUGGAUGGAGACGGUCAAGGUUGCUAUUCCAAUUGAGGACGUUCAGAGGACACAUCUCCGCUUCACAUUCAAGCACAGAUCGUCGUCUGAUUCUAAAGACAAGGGAGAGAAGAUAUUUGCAAUGGCAUAUGUGAACCUGAUGAAACCAGAUGGAACAACCCUGCGAGACGGAGAGCAUGACCUGAUCUUAUACAAGGGUGACAGUAGGAAGCUUGAAGACGCUUCCAUCUACCUGAAUAAUAUGUCCAGCAAGAAUAUGUGCGACCAGAAGAUGAAUAUGGGUUCCUCUUUCCGAAGCAGCGGCGGAGGUCAUCCUAUCUGCUCGAGGGACAGCUUCCAGAUUUCUACGCUCGUCUGUUCAACCAAACUCACACAGAAUGUGGACCUUUUAGGCCUGUUGAAGUGGCGCUCUAACAUCGGGGCUCUGAAUGAGAAUCUGAGAAAGCUGAUGAAGGUGGACGGAGGGGAAGUUGUCAAGUUCCUGCAGGAUACACUGGAUGCUCUUUUCAGCAUCAUGAUGGAGUUUUCGGGUGACAACACGUACGACAAGCUAGUGUUUGAUGCUCUGGUGUUCCUCAUCGGACUGAUAGCGGACAGAAAGUUCCAACACUUUCACGCUGUCCUGGAAGCCUACAUUCGACAGCACUUCAGUGCCACCUUGGCUUAUAAGAAGUUGCUUUCGGUGCUGACCGAGUAUGUGGACACCGCAAGCCGAGGCCUAGACUGCGAGCCCCUGAAGCGAGCGUUCAAGGCAUUGGAAUACAUCUUUAAGUUCACAGUCCGCUCAAGAUGUCUCUACUCACAGCUCUACGAAGGGAAGGAAAAGAAGGAAUACGAAUUAUCAUUGCGAACACUCUUUGAGAAGUUCAACAUCCUGAUGAAGUCAACAUUGGAGGGCAACACUUUACUUAUGCAGGGAGCUUCCCUCAAGUACUUGCCGACGGUCCUUCAAGAUGUGGCAAAGAUCUUUGAUCCCGUCUUAUUAAGCGAAUUGUUGCUUGAUUUCAUCAAGAACCUUCCUCCAGAUCGACUGGUGAAGCAGAAGUUACAGUCGAUGACAGCCAUCGUCAAUACAGAGCUGUUCAGAAAGGAAGAAUGUCGGUCCGUCUUGUUGUCCAUAAUGACCACCACACUGGAACAGCUGAUUCAAAAAGGUGAAGAGGAGGAGGCUUGCGUUCAAUUGCUCAGCAACAUCCUGGAGGUUCUCUACGAUCAGGAUGUGGGAAACACUUACCGGGAUAUUCAGGACAUCAUGAAUAAGUUGCUCCGGACAGUAAACAAGAUGGUCAUUAUGCUCGGGAGGGAUCACAGCCUUAUUAGCAAUUACGUGGCUUGUAUGACAGCUAUUCUCAGCCAAAUGGAAUAUGCGCAUUAUGUGAAUUACAUCAAUAUGUUCCAGACACGGCAGGACCUCAUGGACUUCCUGAUGGAGACCUUCAUCAUGUUUAAAGACCUCAUCGGCAAGAACGUCUAUCCACCCGAUUGGAUGGUGAUGAGCAUGGUGCAAAACAGGGUCUUCCUACGUGCUAUCAACCAGUAUGCGGAGACGUUGAACAAAAUGUUUUUGAACAGUUCAAGUUUUGAGCUGCAGCUCUGGAACAAUUACUUUCACCUCACGGUGGCCUUCCUCACCCAGGAAUCGCUACAGCUGGAAAACUUCUCAAAUGCCAAGCGGACAGCCAUCUUAUGCAAGUACGGAGAUAUGAGAGGUGUAAUUGGAGCAGCAAUCCGAGAAAUGUGGUACAAACUUGGUCAGCACAAGAUCCGCUUCAUUCCAGGGCUGGUCGGGCCAAUUCUGGAGAUGACACUCAUCCCAGAGGUGGAGUUACGCAGGUCCACCAUCCCUAUCUUCUUUGACAUGAUGCAGUGCGAGUACCAGUACAAAGGGGAAUUCAGAACGUUCGAGGAUGAAAUUAUCAAAAAUCUGGACCAUGAAGUGGAAGGUGGUCGAGGAGAUGAACAGUACAAGACCCUCUUUCAGAAGAUCUUGUUGGAGCUUUGUGUACAAUCCCAAUAUUUAGCAAGACAAGGUGAAUUUUUUGUUGCCUUGGUAACUGGCCUACUGGAAAGGCUUCUGGACUACAGGAAUGUAAUGAAUGAUGAGAACCAGAACUACAGCAUGAAUUGCACCGUAAAUCUGCUGAAUUUCUACAAGGAGAUUGACCGGGAAGAGAUGUAUAUACGGUACCUAUAUAAACUUCGGGAUCUGCACAUCAACUAUGAGAACUUCACAGAGGCGGCCUACACACUGCUGCUGCAUGCCAAGCUACUCAAGUGGACAGAUGACCAAGCUGCCUUGCACGUCCAAGACUUCCAGGGCUCACAGACUCAGCGGCAACUGAAGGAGAACCUAUACAAUAAAAUCAUUGACUACUUUGAUAAGGGCAAGAUGUGGGAAGAAGCCAUUCAUCUCUGCAAGGAGCUGGCUGAGCAGUACGAAAUGGAGGUCUUUGAUUACGGGCUGCUGAGCAAGACCCUGCAACGCCAAGCCAAAUUCUAUGAGAACAUCAUGCAGGUUCUGAGGCCCAAGCCAGACUACUUUGCAAUUGGUUACUAUGGCCUAAACUUCCCAAGCUUCAUGCGGAACAAGCUCUUUAUUCAUCGAGGGAAGGAGUACGAGAGACGAGAGGAUGUUGAACAGUUCCUCCUGAACCAGUUCCCGAACGCAGAGAUAAUGAAGACAACUUCUCAGCCUGCAGAUGAGAUCAAGAAUUCUCCUGGACAGUUCAUCCAGUGCUUCACUGUCCAACCGAUCCUGGCUGAACAGGCACGGUUUCAUAACAAGAAUGUUCCGGAACAGAUCGUGGACUUCUACAAGGCUAAUAAAGUUCUGAAGUUCAACUACUCCAGACCAAUCAGGAAAGGACCAAAGGACCCUGAGAAUGAGUUUGCCUCGAUGUGGAUUGAAAGGACGAUGUUCACCAUUGCAUACGAGUUGCCAGGGAUCCUCCGAUGGUUCGAAGUAUUGCAGGUGUCCCAGACCUGUAUAAGUCCAUUGGAAAAUGCCAUCGAAACAAUGCAGACCAGCAAUGAAAAGAUUCUCACUCUGAUCACCCAGCACCACAAUGAUCCGAACCUUUCCAUCAACCCUCUGUCAAUGCUUCUCAAUGGCAUUGUGGACCCUGCCGUGAUGGGGGGCUUUGCCAAGUACGAAAAGGCGUUCUUCACUGAAGAAUAUAUGAGCAGCCAUCCUGAAGACAUGGAUAAUAUUACAAAGCUAAAGGAUCUCAUUGCCUGGCAGAUCCCAUUGCUGACAGAGGGGAUCAGGAUCCACAAAAAGAAGGUCACGGAAGCCCUGAAGCCAUUCCACGAUCGAAUGGAGGAGUGUUUUGCUCAGCUGAAGACCAAAGUGGAGAGUCAAUAUGGAGUGCGGGAUCUGUCAUUUUCCGAAGAGAGGCGAGGAGGGAGCGGAGUCGGGAACAGACCUCGUUCGAUGAUCCGAUCCUAUCGUCCUCUGUCAGUUAUCUCCUCGGGUUCCUCGAGUUCCAUGAGUUUUGAGAAGGAAUCGCCCAAGGCAGUUGGGGACGGUAUGGAGCCACCGCUGCCGAGGAAACAAAGCUCUCGUUCCCUGGAGAGGUCCCUGGAAGGCAUGGUGAAAGAGGUCGAGGAUAAGAGGGGGAGAAGGGCCAGCGGAACAUGCAUCCCAAUCAAGCCAUCCAUGUCUGCUGCACCCCAGGAUGUUACUGAGGAACCUUCAAGGUUGGCCCAACCCUCAAGCAAUUCAGUUGAAAGAAUUCCAGAGCAGCCCGCCAAGGAAAUCAAUACAGGAUAUCCAGUUGUCGUCAUCAAUGGGUUCAGUGGGCAGGUGAAAAGCUCCAGGCCUCCACCUUUGCCCAAGAAGAUUAACCCAAGCCUGCUGGAGAACUUCAGCCAGGACACAGUGGACCCUGCGACCUCGCCGGCCUUUCACGGAUUAGGCAAAGAGCAGUUCCAAGUUAAGGCUGCUUGUCCUCCAACCCCCGACCUCGCCAAAUCCCACAAGACCCCACCGCCCCCUCCGCCACCAAAGAACAAGCGAGUGAUGCAGCCCCCACCCAGCUGACAGGAGGAGCUUUGUCACCCACUGCCAGAGACUCGGAGUACGAGCAAGGGGACCGGAUGACGUCAGCUGGAAAAGGAACCAGAGCAUGAAUCAUUCCCCUUCUGAUCACCAAUUUAUUGUCCCCUAUUCAGAUUAUGCCUAAACAAUGACAAAGAUUGUUCCUUUUGAAUAAAUAAAUGCCUCUUUUUUGUUAACUAUGAUAUAACUGUCACAGCAUCUUUUUCUGCACUUAGGCCACACGGGGCAUCAUGGGCACGUGGUGGGGAGACGUGUUUGGAGCUGUUGAAAUCUCAAUGCAGGUUGCACUGGUGAUAUGUCAGCAGUGGGUGAAGCGCGACCAUUUGACAGGCAACAAGGUUCUUUAUCGCUGCAAACAGAAACACUCGUAUUGAAAUACAGGUGGCACAGCAGCGUAACCUAAUGGUAAUCUACUGCCACAAUGAGGCCACUCUCAGGUCGGUGGAGCAACACCUCAUAAUCCAUCUGGGUAGACUCCAACCUGACAGCAUGAACUUCUGGUAAUUGCUCCCCCUCCCCUCCUCUCUAUUUCCCAUUCCGGCUCUCCUUUUCCCCUUGCCUAACUAUAAUCUCCCUCAGCUGCCCCUCCUCCUUCCCUUUCUCCUAUGGUCCACUCUCCUCUCCAAUCAGAUUCCUCCUUCUUCAGCUCUUUACCCUUUCCACCUAUCAAGAUUGUGGAUUGUCAUUCUUUAGUACGAGUGUAGAGAACAUAAAAGCACAAUAAGCAUCAAGAACACAAUAUGAAACACAAUAAAUAGAUCACCUCACAGCUUCUCACUGCAUCCCCCUCGCCUGGUUUCACCUAGUACUUGCCAGCUUGUACUCCUUCCCCUCCCCACACCUUCUUACUUUGGCUUCUUUCCCCCCUUCCUUUCCAGUCCUGAUGAAGGGUCUUGGCCCAAAAUGUCAUCUGUUCAUUCCUCUCCAUAGAUGUCACUUGAGCCUACUGGAUUCACCCAGCAUUUUGUGUCUGUUGCUCUGGUAAACUGGAAAUUACCGAAGACCCAUAGAAACCUACAGCACAGUACAGGCCCUUCAGCCCUCCAUGUUGUGCCGACCCAUAUAAUCCUUAAAAAAAAAGUACUAAACCCACACUACCCCAUAACCUUCCAUUUUUCUUUCAUCCAUGUGCCUGUCCAAGAGACUCUUAAAUACCCCUAAUGUUUUAGCCUCCACCACCAUCCCUGGCAAGUCAUUCCAGGCACUCACAACCUUCUGUGUAAAAAACUUACCCUUGAUGUCUCCCCCAACCUUCCCUCCCUUACUUUUGUACAUAUGCCCUCUGGUGUUUGCUAUUGUUGCCCUGGGAAACAGGUGCUGACUAUCCACCCUAUCUAUGCCUCUCAUAAUUGUUCUGUUGUUGCCACAUGUACAAAGAUACAGUGAAAAACAUAGUUAGUCUUCCAUGCAGAUCAUUUCAUCACAAUUGUGCAAUGAAGUAGUGGCAAGGUAACAGCGGGAGCUUAAUGCUGUACAGCAUUAAGUGGUUACAAUUUAAUACCCACCGCAAUCUGCAAGGAGUUUGUCUGUUCUCACUGUGUCAGCACGGGUCUCCUCCGGGUGCUACGGUUUGCUCCCGCAUUUCAAAGGCUUAGGGGUUAGGGUCGGUGAGUUGCGGACAUGCUACGUCGGUGCCGGAAGCCUGACAACACUUGUGGGCUGCCCCAAGCACAUCCUCAGAACAUGUUGGUCACUGAAACAAACAACACAUAUAGCCAGGGUGCCUAAGACUUCUGCACAGUUCUGUAGUAACUUUAUGUAUCACGCUGUACUGCUGCAGAAAGAAAGCUGUAUGUGAGUGAUGAUAAACCUCAUUCUAUUAUGGAUCUCUAUUGUGGACCGAGAGCGGGAAGGGGCCAGGGAGAGAGGAAUCAUGGUCAGGAAAAGGGGAAGGGAGCGGAGAGGGGGCAGAAAGCACCAGAGAGAUACUCUGUAUGGCAUGCAGGUUUGCACAGUGCUGAUGCACAGUGACUACUUUCCGGUAGCAAACAAAACGAAGAAAAUUAGUCACCACUUUUUAGUUGAGGUAGAGCCCAGGCCCAAGAGCACGGAAAGACCCGAGGCUGGAUCAACUGAAGCACUAGGCCAUAUCAGGCCGCAGACGCAGCCUACUUCCAGCAUUUUCUGCUUUUAUAUUUUACAUCUUCAGGGUUGGUUUUAUUUUUACUCACAAAAUGCUGGAGGAACUGAGCAGGUUUCUACCACACCCCAAUGACAUGCAGGUCAGUAGGUUAACAGACCACUGUAAAUGACAGUGCUUAGGUGAGUAGUCUGUGCAAAUUGGAUGGGAAUGUGGUGAGCAUAAAAUGGAAUUAGCAUCCAAAGGAUCUGUUUCUAUGGGCUUUGAGACUAUGAGCAACCCUGAUCUGCUUUUCCUAAUCCAAAACCACAUCAACUCACGUCUUUCGCGUUGUAAUCAAGAUGGGUUACAUGUGAGACCAGCAGACCACGAGGAUGAGUCGGGCAUCAUUGGCGAGUCCUCACCCGUGUUUGUUGCCAUCUCAGCGAGUCCCAGGACAAUAUCAAAGGUCAGGAUCGACCCCUGAAGGUCAACCAGAACAGACCGUAGGAAAUGCUCUGCAUUGGUCAGGAGAGCCAGGCA